AUGGUGGCGGAGCUUGCUGCAGAGGCAGCAACACCCCAGAAGGCCACACGGGACAACACAACACAGGAGGUAGUGGUCGUGGACAGUGAUGGGACGGACAGGCCCACGGGCGAACUGCUGGAAUCAAAGGAAUUGCCGGCAACAGGCACGGGCGACACGGAAUCUGCUGCAGGCAGACUGGACAGCCCUAGCACGGCUGUGGAGGCAAGGCGUAGCACAAUGUCCACAGGCACGGACAUCAGUGCUACUACUCAGAACCCUGUGGCUCAGGCUCAGCAUACGGAUACAACACAGGCCCAGCCAACUGUCCCGACACCAACCAAUUCCCCGGACAUGAUACAGGCCAUGGCAUUAGCGGCAGCCCACGCUGCAACCGCGGCAGCUGGCCUCAGUACUGCCCCACAGCCAUCACGCCUCAACGUCCAGCUGCCAAACCUGACUCUACCGUCCUUUUCUGGCAAGGUGAUUGAGUGGCCAGAGUUUUGGGAGCGAUUCCAGUCUUCCAUCGACAACCAGCCCAUUGCGGAUGUCAGCAAGUUCUCAUACCUGAAAUCUUGCCUUUCCGGCGAUGCGGCGAAGGCCAUAGCGGGCAUCUCGUUGACAAGUGCAAACUAUACCACCGUCAAGGAUCUGUUGAAGACGAAGUAUGGCUCAGCGGAGAUCAUCAUUGCAUCCCUGUACAGCCGUUUGGAAGCACUACCGGCACCACCCAACAGGCCCAUGGAGAUCCAUCGAAGUUUCGAGACUGUGGAGUGUCUCCUUCGACAGCUGGAAACACAGGGAGAGAAGUUGGCAGAUCAACGUCUCCUGUGCCAAAAGCUGUGGGGCAAGGUUCCACUCGAGGUUGCCACCAAGUUUGAGGAGUGGCGUGGUAUCAGCAACGCCGGCCAGCCCUGGAAACUAACCACUCUACGAGAGUAUAUGGCCAAGUACACAACUCUACAAGAGCAACUCCGCCAGCGGACUGGCCAAGGCCCUCCGAACAAACCUGACGCUGUUGGAGUGCAGACAAAGCAACUCUUUAGCACAGCGGAUGCACUGGCAGCUCACCCUGAUACCCAAGGACGACCACAACGUUCCCGUCGUGGUUGCAUAUUCUGCGAUGGCCAACAUAUGGACCACGAUUGCUCACGCUACACAUCUUCUGCUGCCAGGAAACAACGAUUAAUGGAGCUACGUCGUUGCUUCAUUUGCUUGGGUUCCGGUCACCGCAGCCAGGAAUGUUACCGACGGCAAACACAGACCUGCCGGAUGUGCAAGCGCCCAAGUCACCAUCACCAUACCAUCUGCUCGCAGAGUCGCCAGCCAUCUGGUGUAGGUUCGCAUUCCACCCGACGAGCUGACGGUUCAUCUUCCACAGCAGCGGUGGCAGCUUCUGACACUACAACCGCUACGUGCACACCCACUCAGGUUCCAGGUCAGGCAGUUGCUUCGGACCAGUCAUCAUGUCUCCUGCAAGCAACAGGAUCAACUGUCACACUCCAAACCGCCACAACGAAUGUGCAAGGCAACAAUGGUACAAUCACCACCGCUCGCGUUCUUCUUGAUUCAGGCAGCCAUCGCACGUACUUCACGGAGGCUUUGGCAAGGCAGCUCUCCCUGCCCCAUACUCGCCAUGAAUGGCUGUCAACCUUUGGUGCCACCAAACACCACACAGCACAGGUACCGAUCUCCGACCUGUUCAUUCAUCUCAAGGAUGGUACAACGAAGGCCAUCGAAGGCAGCGUCUUACCGCACAUCACAAACCCGGUUCUCCGUCCUGCGGUUGCACACCCCGACAUCACGACCUUGCAGCAACUGCAACACGACAACCAGUUAGCUGAUGCGAUCAACGCCGAAGAUGAACGGCUCAAGAUCGACAUACUCAUUGGGUCUGAUUAUCUGUGGGACUUCGUGCAGGGCCAUGUGCAACCUCUACCAUCAGGCCUCAACCUUCUGCCAACCUCCCUCGGCUACGUGGUCACCGGCAAGACGAACACCUCUCCCACCACUGCCCUACCGGCAGCCACUCUGAUCGCAGCCGCAGCCGACGUUUCACACGAGGAGGUUCUGCCUCUUAAGCAGUCCAUUCCGGAUUUGUGGAGCCUCGAAACGCUUGGGAUAGAGCACCCGUCUCCCGUGAAAGACGAUGACGUAGCCAUGCAGCAUUUCCACUCAACAGUGGAGUACACCGAUAAUCGCUACAUCGUUCGCUGGCCAUGGAACGACCAGCAGCAGUUUCUCCCGGACAACUACGGACUGACGUAG